ACAAAACAAGUUUGUCAUGUGAUUUUCUGCUCGUGCCCGUCUUUGCCUCUUGUCUAGUGUGGAACAACGCUAGCUAUUAGGUAUAGUCUAUUCAAAAGGAUUCAAAGAAGAGCGGCCUGGAUAAGGUGACAAAACACCGGCUAACAUGGCUGAUGAUUUGAAGAGAUAUCUGUACAAACAGCUGCAAAGUGUUGAAGGUCUUCAUGCGAUCAUAGUGACAGACAGGGACGGUGUCCCAGUUAUCAAAGUUGCCAAUGACCACGCCCCAGUCCAAGCUCUGAGACCCGGCUUCCUGUCCACGUUUGCUCUGGCCACAGAUCAGGGCAGCAAGCUGGGCCUCUCCAAGAACAAGAGCAUCAUCUGCUACUACGACACCUACCAGAUUGUGCAGUUCAAUCGGUUACCACUGGUCAUCAGUUUCAUUGCCAGCAGCAACGCCAACACAGGUAAACUCUCUUUCAUUGAUCAAUGAACCGUGUUCCCCUCAGUCCACCGUAACAGCAGCAGCACUAGAGAUGAUGAAGCACACGUAGCAGGAGGGCUGAGUAGGGAUGGGUUCCUGUACUACAGCUGCUUCCAUUUUGGAUCAGUUGUACGUUGGUCAAAUAUCCGGACGGGAUACGCUCUGUGGCUAAUGAACGGCCAUGAAACCCCUGCGUAAUAUUCCAAUAAUAUUUAUUUUAGAGACUUAAUAUUUACCAGUAUGAGGUUAGCACAUUUUACAUUAUUGUAUCUCUUUUCUAACAUGAAUAUAUAUUUUUUAAACAAAACUAAAGUAGAUAUUUCAAUCAAAUCUUAAGCUUUUUUUUCAGCCCCUUUACUUUAAAUGUUAAAAUGUUUUUAUUUUAAAAAAAAACACUUUAUUUUAACUUUAUUUCUUUUCUUCAAUGUAUCAUAUAAGAACACAUGUUCUGUUGUAGCUAUUUAACCGAGUAGUUUUUCUCAUAUUUCAGUAUUGUAUUUAGCCUUAGCCUAA